UUUUUUUGUCAGCCAUAAACCAGUUAAUAAUAGUUACUGCCAUAGUCGUUACGCAGAGUCCAAACAUGUUAUUGUUCUUGAUUAUAAGCUUCAUCUUUGUUCCCAACUGACUUCCAGAGACUCGCCACUACCUGAUUAUGUCACCAAAACCGUUCUGCUGUCAACACUGUUAACAACAACAAUGUUAUUUGUGUUCAUCGCUGGGCUGUGGUUUAUUAAAUGGUGGCGUCGGGAACGGGAAGUUAAUCUCAUGCCAUGGAAAAUUGCAUAUGCCGACCUGGACUUUAACUUCAGAGAAAAACAAUUUAAAUCAAAGGCAAAUUUUCAGGGUAUUUCGACAUCACAUGUUUCUGGCAGUCACGAAAGCGUUGGGAGUCGCAGUUCUAUGCUCGGAUCAUGCAGAUCGAUAACAAAUGGCGCCGUAUUCAACCGGGACGCCAGCUUAGCGAUGUAUAAAAACUCAGUUGUGGUGGUUAAACGUAUAAUGAAAAGUAGAAUAAAUCUCAACAGAAAUCUGCUGCUGCAUAUGAGAGAGUUAUUUUGCAUUAAACAUGCGAACCUAGCGACAUUUAUUGGGAUGUGUACGGAGAUCGAUAAGAUAUCUGUCGUGUGGGGAUUCUCUUCCAAGGGUAGUCUUCAGGAUGUAAUCGACAACUGCAAUAUGAAGAUGGACGGUGCCUUUCAGUUUCCAAUUGCCAUCGACAUAUGUAUGGGACUAGUGUAUCUCCAUGCAAGCGCUCUGAAACUCCACGGCAACUUGAAGAGCACCAACUGUGUUAUAGACAACCACUGGGUCUGUAAACUGACAGAUUUCGGGAUGCGUCCUAUAAGACAAGGUGAAUCUCAGAAGACCGAUGUUAAAGAAGAUGAUGUGUAUUCAGACUUGUUCUGGAUGGCUCCGGAACGUCUUCGUGAUCACCUAGCAACGAGCACCUCACGCCCUACCCAGCAGAGUGACAUCUUCGCCCUUGGCGUCAUCUUGAAGGAACUACUUUCUCUCAGAAGGCCGUACGCUAAUGAAUCAACUUUCACUCCGAAAGAAAUAGUGCAGGCUGUAGCACACCCUGUUGACAAGUUGAUGCGCCCAGUGAUCCAAGACAUCCACGAUGAAUAUUACUCCAUCCGCCUGUCUUUCAACAAACUGAUCCACCUCUGCUGGGCUGAGGAUCCAGAACAGAGACCGACAGCCAAGAUAGUUCUCAAAAAUAUCAAGCGGUUCAGCCCUUACAGGACAUCAUCGGUGAUGGACAACAUGUUAAUGAUGAUGGAGCGCUACUCGAACCGACUGGAGGAAAUCGUGGCGGAGCGGACGGCACAGCUGGAGGACGAGAAGAGGAAAACGGAUCAACUUCUCUACAAAAUGUUACCAAAGACAGUAGCCGACGAGUUGAAGCUGGGAAACCCUGUGCCGGCUGAAUACUACGAUUCAGUGACCAUCUUCUUCUCUGACAUAGUCGGAUUCACCAGUCUGGCAGCAGAAAGCACGCCUUUGGAGAUUGUCGAUUUUCUGAAUUCACUGUAUUCCAGUUUCGAUGACAUAAUCCAGCGAUUUCAGGUUUAUAAGGUGGAGACGAUUGGUGACGCAUACAUGGUGGCGAGUGGACUUCCGGUACGCAAUGGCAACAGACAUGUGACGGAAAUGGCCGAUGUGUCACUUUCACUUUUACAGUGUGUGCAGGAAUUUGCAAUUCCACACAGACCAGAUAGACAACUACAAAUUAGAGCAGGUCUACACACGGGCCCUGUAGUAGCCGGUGUUGUCGGACUGACGAUGCCAAGGUACUGUCUGUUUGGAGAUACCGUAAACACGGCUUCAAGGAUGGAAUCCAAUGGAAAACCUUUGCUUAUCCAAAUCAGCCCCACAACUCGGAAUGUUCUAAAGCUGCAUGCACAAUACAAGAUACAGUACAGAGGACAAGUGUUUAUCAAGGGAAAGGGUGUGAUGAAUACGUUCUGGCUUCAUGGGAAGGAAGGUUUGUUUGAAAUCCCUAAGGAAGUAAUUGAAGCGUACAAUAACGAAGAAAUGGAAAACAGACAGUCCACGAAUAUGCCUUCGAGUGACUGCUCACAAAGUGACAAUGGCGGUGUCGGGACUCAAACAGCUAAUUCUCAAACAGGAACUGAUUCAGCGAGUGCUUAGGAGGCUGCUGUACCAGAAUAGAAGAGGAAUGUGACAUAAUUAUAUGUAUAUAUAUAUAUAUAUAUAUAUAUAUAUAUGUAGUUCUCACACUAUUUGUCUAUGCGCCAAUAUGAUUAUAGCCUUAUGGUUAAAUGUAAUGACUUUACGGUCUUUACUGCAUAUGAGAUGUUUCUUUGAUUGUGUCUGUAUAACAGUUGUGCUGAUUUACUUCCAUAACAUAAUAAAAGAAACCUAUUUCUGUUCCAUGGGAACGGUUAUUAUCCAAGAGGGCUUUAUAGACGCUUCCCAACAAUCACGAUAGCAUAUAGCAGUCGUAGAUUCUUGAAGGAAUGGGCAACAUAACAAACAACGUGAUGCAGACAGCAUAGAUCUGGGUGUUAUGAUGCCCAGUACUACUAAGCAUUAUUCAGCACAGAUGAAAACUGAAAAUGGUCUGAUACGGUCAAGAUUGCAAACAGAAACUAGCCGCAUUAAGACGUCUCGUCCGCACAUUUAAAACCCGAUUCAAACUAACUGAAAAUCGGUUACAAACGGUUAAUAUUCAGGAUAUGUAAAACACCACUGGUGUUAAAAACACGCAUGCAGUAAUACUGAAUUUUUAAUAUAAAUGUAGUGUAUUACAUUAAAGUAAUGGAACUGUACACAUAAAACAGUAUAGUUUUGUGUAGGUGCUGCGAAAACAAAUCUGAAUUUCAUGUAUAUGCUGACAGGAAAAAAAUGAAUCAAGACACAGUUGUUACGGUUAUAUGGCGUCGGACAUGGUUAAGGACCACACAGAUAUUGAGGGAGGAAACCCGCUGCCGCAAGGGAACUUUUAUAUGCACCAUCCCAUAGACAGGAUAGCACAUGCCACGGCCUUUGAUGUACCAGUCAUGGUGCACUGGCUGGAGCGAGAAAUAGCCCAACGGGUAUCGAUCCCAAACCGAUCACGCAUCAAGCGAGCGCUUUACCACUGGGCUACGUCUCGCCCCAUUUGUUACGGAAGUAGUGGAUGAGAUAUUGAAACGAAAUAAUUGUCAAGCCAUCUGAUUUUUCUGCCUGUUGUUAGAAGAAUUUAAAAACAUCAAGUGUCCAACAGUACAGAACUGAUUGUAAUAAUUGAUUUCCAGAUUUGUUAAAAAUUAUAUUUUAGAAAAUACCACAUCAGAUGCGUCACCGGAGGAGGAGUUCUCAUGCCAUACAAAUAAAUUGAAUAUUUUUAA